CAACACUACAAAGAUUUGUCUGGGAACUGUAGCAAAAACAAGAAUACAAAAGUGUCAUCAGAUCUCUACUAUAAUUGGACAUACAUAUUGAUGAAAAUACCAAGAUAACCGUUGAUUUUAUGAGAAAAACAAAAAGUUUACAAGGAUUUGUCUGGAAAUAUCGAAGAAAAUUAACACAAAAAUGGAUCCUCCCAUGAAGCAUUUUACCAGCAUUGUUCAGUUAUUGCUCAAUUUCCAAACACUUUUAAUAUGACCUGCUAAAAUGGGUCGGAACGAGACAAACUUUCUUGCUAACAUUUCUUGUGAUUCAAUGGAAACACAGACAAUGAAAGUGAGACCUGGGCUGCUCAAAAGAAAAAAUUUAGAUCCUUCAGAGCCCCUGAAGCAUUCUAACCAUCCAAAAAAAACCAAAUCUCAGCAAGUCCGCUUUAAGGAGGACAGUACCAAUAUAAAUGUACAAGAAUAUGCAGAGUUGGAAUUAAGGCCAGACGAUGACACAUUACUAAUAAAUGGAAACACGGAAAAAUGUCACAAUAGAUCAAUGUUUAUGUUAUCAUGCCCUAAAUCACAAAGGGAACUUCAAAAUAUUGCUGUUCAGACUUCUCCUUGUCUCAGAAAACACUUAUCCAUUUUAAAGGCAAAAAAAGUAACAGAAAAUCCUUUAAAUGAAAUUUCCCCAGAGUCAAGCAGAUCAAAACAGCUUAAUGGGGACUUUUCUCGUGAAGAAAUAGUAACACAGUUAUCAGGGCUUAGGAUUGCAGAGCAAUUGGAUGUAUUUAAAAGAUCAAGGAGUCGCUGUCCCUUUAAACAGAUGUCUAAAGCACAAAGCAAUGGACCUAUACGUGAAUGCUCAGGAAUAGAAAUCACUGAAACUUAUGGAAGGGCAACCGUGUCAAACAAGGUACCUGACAAUCCUGCUACGUCUACUUUAGAGGGGUUCGAAGAUGAGACAUCUAACUUAGAAACGGAUCAUACCAUACAAGUUUCUUUAGAAAGGCAUGGAAAAUGUAACUUCACAGAACCAACAGAUUAUCUCUUAUGUUCCAGCAAACACGGGGAACCAAAAACUCAAGAACUUAACUUAAAGCAAACUAAAGUAGAGAACAUAUCACCAUUAAAAGAUAAUCUUGAGGGUAACCAGGUUCUAACUUUAACGCAUUCUUUAAACAGUAGUUUAUCAUACUGCUUUCACUCAGAAAACCAGCAGGCAGAAAAAUCCAAAAAAGUUUUGGAAGGAACAUUCCCAUCAAAAGGUAACCAGAUAGCAACCAUGUAUGAAAAUGCUGGAAACUCACAAAGAAAUGCAAUUUCUGAAAAAGGAUUAGAAAAGAACACAACACAGUCAGAACCGCAAAUCAACAGCAACGCAGAAGAUCUCCCUUGCUCUCUACAGAAUGAAACACUUGAAAGCAAUGAAAGUAAAGAGGGGAAUCCAGGUCAUCAAGCACAUGGAGGAUUUUGUUCCUUACAAAGUAAACUGCAAUCCAUAGAGGAAUCCUUACAGUCAAACCAAGAGAAGAUUAAGAUCCUUUUGAAUGUAAUUCAAGACCUGGAAAAGGCCAGAGCACUCAGUGAAGGGCGAAACUUCUAUCGAACUGGACAAGAUUUAAACAACUGUAGCACUUGCCGGAGCACAGCAUGUAUCAUUUACAGUGUAGAAUAUGACUUCAGACAACAGGAAGGCAGAUUUCAUCAAGUUCUCAAAAUGCUUGAUAGAGGAGAACAAUGCCCUGUUAGGGCUCCGAUACAGAAACCGGAUUUGGACAAUGCGACUCACGAAAAACAAGACAUAAGAAAAAAAUCAAAGAAAUUGAAAAAAAAAUGUUUCUGGUGGAUUUAAGUUUAGCAUAAUGCUUAUGUGAUUUAUUUUAUUUAUUUGUAUGCAUUUAACAUGGUAACAGUGCUGCUGAUGGGUUUUGCUUGGGAAAUAACUUGCAAACAAGUCUUACCCCACAUAACCUCAAAAUCCAAAAUGUGUUGCCUAGUGCAGACCUACAAAUUGAACAUAAUUUUUAUAUAAGCUGUACAUACUUUUAUGUGAAGGCAGGUUUAUUAUUAAAAUGUAUUCUGAAUCCAUGAUUUUAUUAGAUAGUUAUCUAAUAAAACAUGGUAACAUCACACAUUUUAGAAUGAAAUAUAUUUCAUGCCAUCAAGUAUAAAUAUACACCAUAUGACCAAAUGUCUGUGGACACAAGACCAUAAUACUUAUAUGAGCUUGUUGGACGUCCUAUUCCAACACCAUGUGCAUUAAUAGG